AUGGCGGUGGGGUCGACGCUCUCAUCUGUGCCAGACACGGCGCAGAUUAAAUCCACAGAAACCGGGGGACGGGCACCGCGAAACAUCGUCACCAGCAUCAACUACUACGACGACCCUGGCGACGGAUCCUCUCCGCCCCCAGUCGUCGUUGGGGGCCAGAAAGUCACAAAUGAGCGGAAAAUGAUCCCUCAUACCAUGACCGUCACCGACGUCACCGGCAACGAGGACACCUUCACCCUCGACUCCCACGGCUUCCAGUACCUCCGCCACGCAAGUGUCGAGACGGACUUUACAGACGAGGAGCGCAUCAAGAACGUCUACUACCCCGAGGCCGAGAAGCUCUACAAGGAAAUCACGGGUGCCAGCAGAGUCGUCAUCUUCAACCACCAGAUCCGCCGCGGGCCGGCCAACUGGCACUCCCUCGGCGAGCGCAACACGGAGCAGCGCGGGCCGCUGCACAAGGCCCACGUCGACCAGUCCUACGACGGCGCCCUCAUGAUGGCCCGCCACCACCUCGGCGCCGAGGCCGACGAGCUGCUCGCGCCCGGCCGCCACCGCUUCCAGAUCAUCAACCUCUGGCGGCCCAUCAAUCCCGUCCGCAAAGACCCGCUGGCCGUCGCCGACGGCAACUCGGUCGCCGAGGCGGACCUCGUCGCGGGCGCCAUCAUCUACCCCCGCCACCGCGCCGAGACGUGGACCAUCAAGGCGAACCCGGCGCACCGGUGGUACUACAAGGACCAGCAGCGGCCCGACGAGCCGCUGCUCAUCAAGUGUUUUGACUCGGAUACGUCGGUGGUCAGGCGGGCGGCGCAUUGUGCUUUUCGGGACCCGGAGAUGGACGGUGAGGAGCACCGGCAGAGCAUCGACAUACGGGCGCUGGUGUUUCACUGA